AACUAUUUUUUCUUUAUUGUUGUAUAAACUAUUUGCUUAGCUCUUCAUCUAGGUUUACAGAUUGACAUUCUUUUUUAUUUUUAAACAGGUAACUAACAUACAUACCAAAAAAAUAUGGCUGCACAAAUGCCAGAAUCUGAUCAGAUAAAACAGUUUAAGGAAUUUCUUGGGACAUACAAUAAGCUUACAGAAACAUGCUUUAUGGACUGUGUUAAAGACUUCACAACAAGAGAAGUAAAACCUGAAGAGACCACCUGUUCAGAACAUUGCUUACAGAAAUAUUUAAAAAUGACACAACGAAUAUCCAUGAGGUUUCAGGAAUACCAUAUUCAGCAGAAUGAAGCCUUGGCGGCCAAAGCAGGACUCCUUGGCCAACCGCGGUAGAUAAGUCCCGGCUGGUGGACUUUCAGCGGGAGAUUGCCAAGAGCCAUCGCACUGGAAAUGGGGAUCCACCGACAGAAUCCCCUGAAGGCGGUCGUAGCGAUGGGAAACCAUCUGCCAAGACUGUUUGGCACCUGGGAACCACUGGAGACACAACAUUUUAUCUGCCGGGAAUGAUCGGAAGGUCUUACUGUUCAUUGGAAAUAAGAUGCCACAUUUGUGGAGGCCUUAGCAACAAAGUCAGCAGCUUGGUCACUUGAUUCAAAAAAAUAAACCAUUGUUUUAUCGAUUGUGACUGUUAAUUUUAAAGCAAAAUGUGUGUUCAAUCAUGUGUGAAAUAGUAAAAACAUUUUAUUACUAAAAGUAAAAUAAAUGAAAACAUUACCGA